AUGAGUUACGAGCGCCCCUGGAACGGCCCGCACGGAGGUGGCGGAGGGCGGCGACGACACAAAGGUGGUGACGAGUUUGACUACGACAAACGCGGCGGAGGGGCCGUUUGGGAGACACCUGAACAGAGGCUGCGUUCGACCAUCAUAAAACUCGGAGAAGUUGAUGCAGACCAAGAGCUCGCCCGCGUCGCGCAGCAAAUUCGCGAAGAAGGCGAAUCCAACAUACCUGCUGUUGCCGAGGGUUUCCGGAUAGGUGUAACGGAGCAACCGUUCAAAAUCCCCCAUUAUGCUGCCCUUCUCCGCAUGCUUUACGAUGAGCCGAAUCCUUCCCUCGGAAAGCAAGUACUGGAUGACUUCUGGAAGGGCUUCCAAGCAUUCUUGGACAAGCUUGCAUGGCGAGAGACCAGAUUAUGCGUUCACUUCUUCGCCCAUCUCACUCUUGCGUCUGUCAUAUCACCCUCGUCCAUGUUUGCUCUAUUGCAAUCUUUCGUUGCUGUCCUGGAUGAGUUUGGUGUCUCCCAGGGACGCGGUAAAAAAGCUGCUUUGUGCGCAGCGGAAGGGCUCAUGAGGGCUGGCCCAGCCCUCGUAGAAGACUCUUCGACCAAUGUGAACGAAAUCAUAUCAGCUAUUCAGACCUACGUCGACUCAGUGCCCGCCUCGAAAAGGCUUGUGCAGCCCCUCGUCCGUCUUCAUACCGACUCCGAUUCUGAGAACGCGGCUGAGCUUCUCGACGCAGCCCUGGCUGCACUUUCUGCCCUCUCCGCUUCUGACCCGCCCUUCGCCGAAACCUCAGCCGUCUUCCUCCAACCCUACCUCACCCUCCCACCUUUCACCGCCGAUUUGUUUCAACUCCCCUCAGUGCUUGUGCCUCCGGAAGUCAUCGAACUCGAUGGCAUGGCGACAGAAGAAGGGGAGGAUGCGCCCGUCAAGAAGGAAGAGUGGCCGGAGUACUACGUCCGGUUGUUUGAGAACGAGGUCACGCCGGACGCAACUACUCCUGCAGGUUACGCCAUCCGCGCCGAUUUACGGGACAUAAUCGAUAUCUUCGAGGUCAACCGCAAGGAGUGUGCUCGUAUUCUCCUUGAAUACCCAAAAUGGGUCCAUGUCGGGACAUUCAAGCCGAGGGCAGGCGCCCCCGCACCAGAAACCAACGGGGGCGAGGUGAAGCCCUCAGGGAAGGAAUGGCAGCUAGAGAGCACCAUCAUCGAGACGAUCCUCGGUUCGGCAUUCGUUCUUCCCGAACCGUCCUUCAAGUCGUUGUACUAUAUUGCUCUCAUCGUCGAGCUUGCCAAGUUGUCCCCGCAAACUGUGGGCCCUGCUGUCGGAAAGUCUAUUCGGCGACUAUAUGCGGCGCUCGCCGAGGGGCUGGACGUGGAGAUCGGAAGACGGUUCGCAGAGUGGUUCAGCGUGCACAUGAGUAACUUCGGAUUUCAAUGGGUGUGGAAGGAGUGGAUUCCGGAUCUCCAGCUGACGCUCGAACACCCGAAGAGAUUGUUCCACCGCCGCGCGCUGGAGUUCGAAAUCCGGCUGGCGUAUUACGACCGUAUCAUGAAGAGUCUUCCCCCUCCGUUCCAAGAUCCGGAGAAUGGGACAAUGGCCGACCAGGCACCAGGCCCUGACUUCGAGUACGACGAUCCUAGUCGCCCGCAUUACGAUGCCGCUCAAUCUGUGCUCAACCUUCUCCGCGGUCGCUCCAAAGCCGAAGAGGUCAUCAGCCACCUCAACCAGCUGCGCAAUCAGCUCGCGGACCGCGCCGACACCGAGGACGUGAAUGUCGAUUCUGUCAUCCGCUCCGUCGCCGUGCAGUCGCUCCUGCACAUCGGCUCCCGCUCCUUCUCGCACUUUCUCAACGCGAUUGAGCGCUACCUGCCCAUCCUCCGGCACCUUGCCCAGCCCGGCGGGGGCGCGUCCUCCUCCCACGCGGACACCAAGGCGGACAUCCUCACCGCCGCGGCCGUAUUCUGGAAACGCUCGCGGCAGAUGAUCGGCAUCGUGUUCGACAAGCUGAUGCAAUACCAGAUCGUGGACCCGACAGACGUCGUGAUCUGGACGUUCCACCACGGUGGCGGGGCGGUCGGCAAGGACGAGCUCGGGCGGGACAGACAGGGCCGGCCGUGCGUGGGCGCGUACGAGUGGGACCUGCUGAAGGCGGCGAUCGACAAGGCGAACGGGCGAGUGUUGGUGGCGAAGAGGAAGGUCACGCAGCUGCGGAAAGAGGAGGAUGACACGAGGGCCAGGGAGAACGCGGGCGUGGGUAUGGAGGUGGAUGCGGAUGCGAAACCUGUAGAUGUUACUCCGGUGGUCGAAUCGCCAGCCUUGGUCUCCGCACUGAAAGCUCACACGAGCCUAAUUCGCGAACAGAAGGCGGCAUUGUCCGCCGCCCUGGACGGAUUCGUCUCGCUUUUGUCGAGCACCUCUGACCGUUCCACCUCGUCCGCCUCCAAGGUGAUCACUGAAGACGCGUGGAACGACCGUGCCGGCUGGAAUGACGAUGACUGGGAUGCUUGGGAGACCUGGGGUUGGUAUCGCCACUUCUGCCGGACGUACGCCGCGUACCUGCGCAACUACUCGACGACGCUCAGCACGAUAGGAUUCGCCAAGAUCGAGGGAUCGAAGGCCGAGGACGCCGUGCUGCUGCAAAAGAUAUGGAACAUCGCUAUCGGGAUGGAAGCAUAG